GAGAAAAACAAUGGUCUGUUUAUGCUGCCCACCUACCUGACUUCCAGGAGUGACAGUACCACCUGAGUUUGACAGGACGGACUCUACCUGGACGAGCAAUACGGAACUUUACCGCGGUCACCGGGCAAGUUCUGUUAUAUCCAUUCAUUCAUUCAUUCAUUCAUUCAUUCAUCAGCUUUCUGCCCGUUAUCCAGGUCCGUUAGCAGAGUUGCCAAGACAUUCCUUUCUUCGGCAUUCCCUGGGGCGAUUAAAUCUCGGAGGACGUCUAUCCAGCAGCGUGUCGUGGGUCUGUCCCACGCCUGAAACACUUCAACUGGGAGGCGUCCAUAAGGCAUCCUACACAGGUUUGAAGGUUUUUUACAACAGCUGUUCAAAUGUGGUUGAUCGCCCUUUCGGUGCCGCUGCUUCCUGCCAUCGUCAUGGUGUCCGGCCAUUAUCGCGGGAAAGUUGCUUCUCUGUGCCAUCGAGCGCUGGCCUGGGCACUGAGGUUGGUGCGAAGGGGAGCGUGUGUAAAGAGCACACAUGCCUUUGUGUUCUCCAAUUGUACCCAUGGAAAAGUUGACAGCGUCCUGGAGACCUUUGACCUUUAUGCUGAGACACAUCGGUCUCUCUGCAUAGGUCCACAGAUUGGUGAGGUGUUGGAUGAGGUGGUGAGACGUGUCUGUCCUUUGUUGGUGCUGGAGCUGGGGAUGCACUGUGGCUACAGCUCAGUCCGUCUGUUGCGAUUGCUGCCCCCUAGAGGCAGGCUGGUCACAGUGGAGCUGGACCCAAUCACAGCAGAUCUUGGGGAGGAAAUCAUCCUGGUGGCUGGCUUCAAACACUCCCAGUUCCAGGUGUUGGCACACAGCUCAGCUGAGGCCAUCCCAACAUUGCACUCGUUUCUGGAGUCUGAUCAAGGCACAGGGGAUGGCAUCAAUCUGGUGCUAAUGGACCACGAUCCCCAACAGUACCUUCCAGACCUGCUGGCCUUGGAGAGAGAGGAGCUCCUCUGCCCAUCUGGCUGCACUGUACUGCUGAUCAAGAGGAACCAAAGAGCUGAGGAUCUCAGAGGAAUCCUGGAUCACAUCAGAGGAAGAAGAGCUGAUUGCUACUGCAUCAAAACAGAGCAGCAGUUUAUGAUGGAGAUUUUUUACCAAAAGAAAAGUACAAAGACAGGAGACGAUGGCAAAGUCUAG